UAAGAUCGUGCCGUUGGGGAGCCUGGGGGUGGCGAGGCCCGCGCUAUCGUCCGACUCGAGUGGACGGCCACGGGGGACAUAAGAUGGAAAGUCACGUCGCUGGCGAGCGCGACAGUGCCGGCGGCGAGAUCGGGGAAGAUAUCUACCGCCCGGAAAGGCGCCCCGUUGACCACCUUCAGCCCGACAAAUUGGUUCCGCGUCACCACCACCGGCAAAACCGGCGCAGGAGAAAUAGGAGGCGGAGAAACAAGAGGCGCUACAGCAUGAACCAGAUGCUGAGGACAAGGGUAACGGGACUGGUGUCGUGGGCACAGAAAAGCCAACGCCAAUGGAAGUCUUGAGCGCUGAAGAGGGAGAAUAGGGUGGGGGGGGUAAAGUUGCAGACUAGCAGUGGGAGGAAUUGGGUCUGAAUGUCGUGACAAGAACUCCUGGUGGUGCAACACCUCUGCAUUAGCGACAAGUUUGGACAAACGAGAGAAAAAUAACUAAAGGCAUGAAUGAAAGUUUGGUAGAUAGAUGCCAGCCACAUAGAAGUAUCAGCAGUGCCGACCAAGAUUGGGGGAAAUGGCCUAACGUUAACUAUCUAAAUGAAUAGAUGGAAAAGGAGAAA